AUGAAAAAGCUUUUUGAUAAUUUUAAGAUAUUGAUAAUCAAGUCAGUCGAUCUUCCAGAUACUGAAGUUCAGAGUCUUGCUGAGAUAUUGCAACAAUACUGCGUUGAAUAUGAAGUUCUAGAAAAUGGGUCAUCAAUUGAUAAAGAAGAACUAAUCAUCAAAGAAUUUACUCAUAUUCUUUCAAACAACAUCAAUUUUGAGCUUUACUCAUUUGCACAAGAAAAUAUGAUUCCUGUUAGUACAUCCGAUUUCAUUUACAAAACUGUGGAACUACAAAGACAACCCCCAAUUAGACCAUUUUCACCAGAUCCAAAACAUGUUUUGAAAGAUAUUCACGUAUGUGUUGGCGGUCUACCAUUAUCAGAUAAGGAAGCAAUAUUUGGUGGGGUUAGAGCACUUGGUGGCUGUUUUUCUGAUACUUUGAACAAAUUUGUUACUCAUUUGAUUUCAACUGAUUCCGAUGAAGAUUGUUGUAUUGCAGUGAACUCUAUUGAGGAUUGUAAGAUCAAAAUCGUUUUACCAAAUUGGAUUGAUGAUUGCUUAAAAUUAAGAAAAAAGCUGGAUGAAACUCCAUAUCUUUUAGAGGAUGGUGGCUCAGUGAUUGAACAACAAGAAAAAUUAAAAGAAAUGGAUGUUAUUAAUAAAGAUGCUAAAUCCAUUAAAGCUCAAGCUAAAUUUUUGAAUAACAAAAGAUUUUACAUUGGAAAAGAUCUCGAAUUAACACAAAGAUCGCAUGAUCUGAUUGUUGUUUUGAUUGAGAAUUCUGGUGGUGUUGUGGAGAAUAAAUUAAAUGAUGCCCAAUUUUACAUUGGGAAAUUCAGAGACGGUGACGAAUAUAGAAAGGCAAGCAGAACAGGUCUGAACGUUGGGAAUUUGAAUUGGAUUUAUUGGAUGGUUGAGCAUCAGAAGUAUAUCUCUCCAUAUUUGAAAUUAUUACAUUAUCCAUAUGUUCGUCAUGGAAUGCCUCAAAUGAAGAAAUUUGUUAUUGCUUCCACAAAUUAUUCAGGUGAUGCAAGAUUUUACAUCUUAAAACUUGUUGAAGCUCUAGGAGCCGAGUUUACAACUUCAUUAAAACAAAGAAAUACUCAUCUUAUUACUGCCACACCAGUUGGUGCUAAAUACAAUGCAGCUAAAAAAUGGGGUAACAUUUCAGUUGUUAAUCAUUUAUGGCUAGAAGAAACAUAUGCAAGUUGGAAACUACAAUCAGCUUCACAUCCUAGAUAUUCCCAUUUCCCAAGAUCACUAGAAAUGAGUGACAUUGUUGGCGAGACACCACUUGAUAUUGAAGUGCUCAAGCAUUUCUAUGAUGAUGGUAAUUCUGAUUAUUCAGCUAAUGUCAUCGAAGAUUCUGAAGGUGAAGAUGAACAUGCUAGUGCUGUCAUAACUACUGCUAAAAUUGCUUCUACUCCAGAUAGUUCAGCAGCUUCAAUUCGUGCAUCAAGUGGUCGUAAAGCCAAAGAUAAAGCAGCUGCUAAACUUCAUGAAAAUAUGGAGGAAUUGAAUUAUUUUCAAAAGCAACACAGAUCAAAAGAUAUACCUAUGCUGCCUCAAGAAAUUGAAGAAAGAAAACGUAAAAGAGCUUUAGAAGAAUCUGAGAAGAAAAAAAGACAAUCACCAUCAUCAGCUGGAUCUGUUGAAGCGGAGGUAAAAGAAGAACAACCAGAAAAUAAAGAUUCAAAGGCUGAAGCACCAAAACCAAAGAAGGCAAAGAAAUCUUCUUCUCCAGUACCAACAGAAAACCCAUAUAAUAUUACCGCUAUUGCUACUGGGUGGGAUGUGAAUUUUAAUAGAGCCGACACUCAAAUUUUACACAAUCUUGGUAUCACUUUACACAAAGAAUUCAAAAAGAAUAUCAAUGCUAUAAUAUCACCUAAGUUUAUGAGAACAGAAAAGUUUUUAACAGGAUUAAGUUAUAAGUUGGAUUAUAUUAUAUCACCUUUAUUUUUACAAGAAGUCAUUUCAGAAUUUAAGUCCAAUCCAAAUGAUUUGAAAAAAUUACCAAAAGUUGAAGAUUUUAGUAUUGAUAAAUUGAAUCCAACAUCUGUGAAAGAAUUGACAUCAAUUUCAUUAUCCAAGUUAAUGAAUAAAUCAAAAACUCGUAUUAAUUCAUAUGAUAGAAUUUUUGAAGACAUGUCUUUCAAUAUUACACCAAAAAUUCCAGGUGGGGCAGCUACUGUUCAAAAGAUCUUGAAAGCUCAUGGUGCCAAAAAUGUUAAUGUGAUCAAGACUGUUAAAGAUUUGAAGAAUUUAAAAUCAUUAGUCAAGAGUAAUGAUGAAUCCUAUGUGCUAAUCUCAAGUGAAAAAAAUCAUGGUGAUAAGUUUCAAACAAUAUUAAAGGAUGAAAAUCAGCAUGGGAAAGUCAUUGAAUGGAAUUGGGUGAUUGAUAGCAUAUUCAAUAUGGAAAUCAAUGAUAAGAAAAACGUUUUGUUCAGCAAUUAA